AUCCUAAAGUGAAACAAAGGCCCUGCGAAUCCGGCUAAGAGCGCCUGCGCCAUGGGAGUGCAGGGGCUGUGGAAGUUGCUGGAGUGCUCUGGCCGCCCGGUCAGCCCGGAGGCGCUAGAGGGCAAGGUGCUGGCCGUGGAUAUUAGCAUUUGGCUAAACCAAGCACUUAAAGGAGUCCGAGAUCGCCAUGGAAAUGCAAUAGAAAAUGCUCAUCUUCUCACAUUAUUCCACCGGCUCUGCAAACUCUUGUUUUUCCGCAUCCGUCCUAUUUUUGUAUUUGAUGGUGAUGCUCCACUGCUAAAGAAACAGACCUUGGCAAAGAGAAGGCAGAAGAAGGAUUCUGCAUCCAUUGACUCGAGAAAAACCACAGAGAAGCUUCUGAAAACCUUUCUGAAGAGACAGGCUCUGAAAACUGCCUUCAGAAGCAAAAGAAAUGAAGUGCUACCCAGUCUUACUCAAGUUCAAAGAGAGGAUGACAUCUAUGUUUUGCCACCUUUACAAGAGGAAGAAAAACAUAGUUCAGAAGAGGAAGAUGAAAAGCAAUGGCAAGCAAGAAUGGAUCAAAAGCAAGCUUUGCAGGAAGAAUUCUUUCAUAAUCCUCAUGCCAUAGAUAUCGAGUCUGAGGAUUUCAGCAGCCUGCCUCCUGAGGUAAAGCAUGAGAUCUUGACUGACAUGAAAGAGUUUACCAAGCGAAGACGGACAUUGUUUGAAGCAAUGCCAGAGGAGUCUAAUGACUUUUCACAGUAUCAGCUGAAAGGCUUGCUUAAGAAAAACUACCUAAACCAGCACAUAGAAAAUGUCCAGAAGGAAAUGAACCAGGAACAUUCAGGACAAAUCCAGAGGCAAUAUGAAGACGAGGGAGGCUUUCUGAAGGAAGUCGAGUCGAGGAGAGUGGUUGCUGAAGACACCUCACACUACAUCUUGAUAAAAGGAAUUCAAGGAAAGAAAGUCGUGGAUGUGGAUUUAGAAUCUCUUCCUUCUUCCAGCAAAGAACACAGUGUGUCCUUCAACCUGAAGUCAUCACCUUAUGAGAAAGUGAAGCCAGAGAGCGAGCCAGAGGCCACACCUCCUUCUCCAAGAACUUUACACGCUAUUCAAGUAGCCAUGCUGGGAGGUAGCUCAGAAGAGGAGCCGGAGAGUGGAGAAGGAGGGCAGUCUAAGGAGAGAAGUGCGUGGGCCACUGCAGAUGCAGGCUCCAUUUCACCACAGACCUGUGCAGCUAUUCAGAGAGCUCUGGAUGAUGAUGAAGAGGAGAGAAUGUGUGCCAGCAGUGAUAAUCUGGCCGUGGAAAUGCUGCUUGGAAAUGGUCUGAAGCAGGAGCACGCUGAUGAAGUGGUAGUAAAAGGUGGAGGCGUGCCACUUGACACAGCAUCUCUUUUACCCAGUGUGACUGAGGUAGAGGAGUGUGUGGCCAGUGCCAGCAAUGACAAAGAGCAGACAGCCUCAACUCAUGCAUCUAGUACUGCUUGUCAUCCAGGUGAAGUCCCCAAAGAAACAGUAUCUCCUGCUCAUGUGGUGAGUGAAGCAUCUCAGAUAAGUAGUGAGUGUGAGGUCGCUGGUAGGCCAGUUCCCCUUCCCUCAGCAUUCAUAGAAACUCCAUGCAGUUAUGCCUCUGGGGUCCUCAGUGAAAGGGAACUCACCCUGGCACCUCCAAUAAGAACACAUUCUCAUCAGAGGACGAGCAUAGACCCUGAAGAGCCUGAGCUACAAAAUGGACUCUGCCCACCCAAGAACACGUGUAAUUCCUCUCAUCUUUCAAGUGAUGAUGAAACAGAAGGUGGACAAAAUCCUGCUUCCAAAGCAGGUAGCACAGUUCAUGUCCCUUCAGAGGCAGUAGGUAACGUAGAAAACGUGUCGUCUUCUAAUGCUGAAGAACAUGGAGAUUUCCAGAAAACUAUCCAGCUAUGGGAGAUGCCUGAGGCUGCUGCCAGGGAGCUGAUUUCAGCCCCAGAGUCCCUGGGACCAGUGGAGAUGGAGUCUGAAGAGAGCGAGUCUGAUGUGAGACCUCCAAGGAAGGAGAUGCCAAGUAGUGCUUCAAAGCUUCAGACCACAAUCAAACACAGCAUCCUUUUCAACAGAAGCAGAAGCUCAUCUGAAUAUGCUCAUGGAUGCUGACAUCAACAUUUAAUCAUCUCCUCACUCAUCCAGGAAGAGGGGGAGAUCAGUUACUACUGUACUUUAUUGUGUUCAACCAAAUCACCAUGUUACAAAAAUAGCAAGCUGCCAUAAUAAAAAAUAAGGCUCCUCUAUCCAGCACCAGAUAGCAUCAUUUUACUUUCAAGCCUAGAAAUUGCACACUUGUAUAUAAACCAAUCGAAGAUGAGGAUUGAGAGUUCAUCUUGGUGGAUUUUUCCUUUGAUGAAUAUGAAGUGUCCUUCCUUAUCUUUUUUGAUGACUUUUAAUUGAAAAUUGAUUUUAUUUGAUAUUAGAAUGGCUACUCCAGCUUGCUUCUUCUGACCAUUUGCUUGGAAAGUUGUUUUCCAGCCUUUCACUCUGAGGUAGUGUCUGUCUUUGUCUCUGAGGUGUGUUUCCUGUAGGCAGCAGAAUGCAGGGUCCUCAUUGCUUAUCCAGUUUGUUAAUCUAUGUCUUUUUAUUGGGGAGUUGAGGCCAUUGAUGUUGAGAGAUAUUAAGGAAUAGUGAUUAUUGCUUCCUGUUAUAUUCAUAUUUGGAUAUGAGGUUAUGUUUGUGUGCUUUCAUUCUCUUUGUUUUGUUGACAAGACGAUUAGUUUCUUGCUUCUUCUAGGUUAUAGCUUGCCUCCUUAUGUUGGGCUUUACCCUUUAUUAUCCUUUGUAGUGCUGGAUUUGUAGAAAGAUAUUGUGUGAAUUUGGUUUUGUCAUGGAAUAUCUUGGUUUCUCCAUCUAUGUUAAUUGAGAGUUUUGCAGGAUACAGUAACCUGGGCUGGCAUUUGUGUUCUCUUAGGGUCUGUAUGACAUCUGUCCAGGAUCUUCUGGCCUUCAUAGUUUCUGGCGAAAAGUCUGGUGUGAUUCUGAUAGGUCUGCCUUUAUAUGUUACUUGACCUUUUUCCCUUACUGCUUUUAAUAUUCUUUCUUUAUUUUGUGCGUUUGGUGUUUUGACAGUUAUGUGACGGGAGGUGUUUCUUUUCUGGUCCAAUCUAUUUGGAGUUCUGUAGGCUUCUUGUAUGCCUAUGGUAUCUCUUUUUUUAGGUUAGGGAAGUUUUCUUCUAUGAUUUUGUUGAAGAUAUUUACUGGUCCUUUGAGCUGGGAGUCUUCACUCUCUUCUAUACCUAUUAUCCUUAGGUUUGAUCUCCUCAUUGAGUCCUGGAUUUCCUGUAUGUUUUGGACCAGUAGCUUUUUCCACUUUACAUUAUCUUUGACAGUUGAGUCAAUGAUUUCUAUGGAAUCUUCUGCUCCCGAGAUUCUCUCUUCCAUCUCUUGUAUUCUGUUGGUGGAGCUUGUAUCUACAGCUCCUUGUCUUUUCUUUUGAUUUUCUAUGUCCAGGGUUGUUUCCAUGUGUUCUUUCUUGAUUGCUUCUAUUUCCAUUUUUAAUUCCUUCAACUGUUUGAUUGUGUUUUCCUGGAAUUCUUUCAGGGAUUUUUGCGAUUCCUCUCUGUAGGCUUCUACUUGUUCUCUAAGGGAGUUCUUUAUGUCUUUCUUGAAGUCCUCCAGCAUCAUGAUCAAAUAUGAUUUUGAAACUAGAUCUUGCUUUUCUGGUGUGUUUGGAUAUUCCGUAUUUGCUUUGGUGGGAGAAUUGGGCUCCGAUGAUGCCAUGUAGUCUUGGUUUCUGUUGCUUGGGUUCCUGCGCUUGCCUCUCGCCAUCAGAUUAUCUCUAUGUUACUUUGUUCUGCUAUUUCUGACCGUGGCUAGACUGUCCUAUAAGCCUGUGUGUCAGGAGUGCUGUAGACCUGUUUUCCUGUUUUCUUUCAGCCAGUUAUGGGGACAGAGUGUUCUGCUUUCGGGCGUGUAGUUUUUCCUCUCUACAGGUCUUCAGCUGUUCCUGUGGGCCUGUGUCUUGAGUUCACCAGGCAGGUUUCUUGCAGGGGAAAAGUUGGUCCUACCUGUGGUUCCAAGGCUCAAGUUUGCUCGUGGGGUGCUGCCUAAGUCCUCUCCGCGGCGGCAACAACCGGGAAGAUCUGUGCCGCUCUUACCGGGAGCCUCCGUGCACCAGGGUUCCAGAUGGCGUUUGGUGUUUUCCUCUGGCGUCUGGAUGUGCACAGAGUGCAGUCUCUUCUGGUUUCCCAGGCGUGUCCGCCUCUCUAAAGGUUUAGCUCUUCCUCCCACGGGAUUUGGGUGCAGAGAACUGUUUAUCCAGUUUGUUUCCUUCAGGUUCCGGCGGUGUCUCAGGCGCAGGGGUCCUGCCACUCCUGGGCCCUCCCCUACGGGAACCCAGAGGCCUUAUACAGUUGCCUCUUGGGCCAGGGAUGUGGGCAGGGGUGGGCAGUGUUGGUGGUCUCCUCCGCUCUGCAGCCUCAGGAGUGCCCACCUGAUCAGGCGGUGAGGUCUCUCUCCCACGGGGUUUGGGAGCAGAGAGCUGCUGCGGACCAGGAUCCGUGGGUGUGGGACUUCCGGUAAACACAGGAAGUGCCAGGUCCUAGAGGAAUUUUGCCUCUGUGUGUCCUGAGUUCACCAGGCAGGUUUCUUGCAGGGGAAAAGUUGGUCCUACCUGCGGUUCCAAGGCUCAAGUUUGCUCGUGGGGUACUGCCUAAGUCCUCUUCGCUGUGGCAGCAACCGGGAAGAUCUGUGCCGCUCUUUCCGGGAGCCUCCGUGCACCAAGGUUCCAGAUGGCGUUUGGCGUUUUCCUCUGGCGUCUGGAUGUGCACAGAGUGCAGUCUCUUCUGGUUUCCCAGGCGUGUCCGCCUCUCUGAAGGUUUAGCUCUCCCUCCCACGGGAUUUGGGUGCAGAGAACUGUUUAUCCGGUCUGUUUCCUUCAGGUUCCGGCGGUGUCUCAGGCGCAGGGGUCCUGCCACUCCUGGGCCCUCCCCUACGGGAACCCAGAGGCCUUAUACAGUCGCCUCUUGGGCCAGGGAUGUGGGCAGGGGUGGGCAGUGUUGGUGGUCUCCUCCGCUCUGCAGCCUCAGGAGUGCCCACCUGAUCAGGCGGUGAGGUCUCUCUCCCACGGGGUUUGGGAGCAGAGAGCUGCUGCGGGCCGGGAUCCGCGGGUGUGGGACUUCGAAGUCAUUGUUUUUAAUAGGUGAAUAUUACUCCAUUGGGUAAAAAUGUAGUACUCCAUUGUGUGGAUGUACCACAUUUUCUGUAUCCAUUCCUCUGUUGAAGGUCAUCUGGGUUCUUUCCAGCUUCUGGCUAUUAUAAAUAAGGCUUCUAUGAACAUAGUGAAAUAUGUAUCCUUGUUAUAUGUUGGAGCAUCUUUUGGGUAUGUGCCCAGGAGUGGUAUAGCUGGAUCCUCAGGUAGUACUAUGUCCAAUUUUCUGGCAGUGAGUGUGGAUUGUUGGCUCUAUGCAGGUGAAGGUAGGCACAAGAUAAGGUGAGGCCUGUGAUUGGGCAGUGAAAAAGUAAGGACAACACAGAGUUUUGGGGAGAGGGGAAAAAAGGGGAAGAGCCAAGAUGGAGGAGGAGAAGGAUAGCCUAGUUCUGUGUGGCUUUAAAGGGCUGCAGGUAGUUAUGAAUAUUUCAUAAGGGAUAGAGUUUUAUAUACAAUUUGUCUUAUCUAGGUGGGCAGUUUAUAUCAAUAUUAACUUGUUUAGAGUUUAUUGUGAGGACAUUUUGGGGGUGAGGAUUUACUGACAAAUUACAAGCUUAUUGAGUUUUGAUUUUUACAGGUUACUGGGAGUUUGGACUAUAACCACAGGGAGCAGAUGCUGGGACUGUGAACAGAGCUCAUAGCAGAAAGUCACAAGAGGGUGGUUGCUCCUGGGGCAGAGAGUAGCUGACAGCAAUGUAGGGCUAGCCAUGGCAGCAAGAUCGCUACAGGGCCCAAAGAGUAGCCAGUGGCAGCUUAGGAUGGCAAUUGGAAACUUAGCGAGUUGCGUUGAGAUGCUUUGUUGAUUAAGAUGAAAAUACCCUGCAGAUGCCAUGUGGCCCACUGGUGCUGGUGAAUUCACUUAUUACUAUUUACUGCUACAGGUCAGCAUGUAGAAGAAUGCAAAUCAAGCCAUUCUUAUCGCCUUGUACAAAGGUCAAGUCCAAGUGGAUCAAUGACCUCCACAUAAAACCAGAUACACUCAAAAUAAUAGAAGAGAGAGUGGGAAAGAGCCUUAACACAUGGGCACCGGGGAAAAUUUCCUUAACAGAACACUGAUGGCUUAUGCUUUAAGAUCAAGAAUCGACAAAUGGGAGCUCAUAAAACUGCAAAACUUCUUUAAGGCACAGGACACUGUCAAUAGGACAAAAUGGCAACCAACAGCUUGGGAAAAGAUCUUUACCAAUCCUACAUCUGAUAAAGGGCUAAUAUCUAAUAUAUAUAUAAAGAACUCUAGAAGUUAGACUCCAGAGAGCCAAAUAUCCCUAUUAAAAAAUGGUGUACAGAGCUAAACAAAGAGUUCUCAAGUUAGGAAUCUUGAAUGGCUGAAAAGUACCUAAAGAAAUGUUCAACAUCCUUAGUCAUCAGGGAAAUGCAAAUCAAAACAACCCUGAGAUUUCACCUCACACCAGUGAGAAUGGCUAAGAUCAAAAACUCAGGUGACAGCAGAUGCUGGUGGGGAUGUGGAGAAAGAGGAACACUCCUCCAUUGCUGGUGAGAUUGCAAGCUGGUCAAACCUGGUGGUUCCUUAGAAAACUGGUCAUAGUACUACCAGAGAGAGGUCAUUUCUGAGGGUCUGCUGUAGCACUGGGGAUGAGACUUGAGGCUUGAAUCUAAAGAGAGAAAAGGAUUUACAGACAGCUUCUCUGACAGGAGUAGUCUCUGUCAGUUAGCAAGGAGUGCCUUCUGGAAUUGGAGCUGGGAUAAAGUAACAGAGAGUUAGGAGAGGAAAGUUGCGGAAUCCACAGGAGAUGUGCGCAGAGGGGAAAGCAAUGUGUUCUGUUGCAUAGAGAGGGAUGAGACUGGGAA